AUGCAGGGUAAGAAGUUUGUCUCUCCGCUCGAUCGGUCUCUCCAGGCCCAUAACACUGAUGUUUAUGGCUGUAGCCAGGUUUUCCUCGCUCGCCUCUGUGGUCAGGCUCAGCGCUAUGAUGACAUGGUGCCCCUUUUGAAGCAAGUCGUCAAGAAGGGUGUUGAGCUGAGUGUCGAUGAGCGGAACCUUCUCACUACUGCUUUUAAUAACGUUUUCAACACCCGUCGUGCCAGCUGGCGCAUUAUCUUCUCGAUCGAGAAAAAUGAGUACAAGGGUAGUGAGAAGCAUUUUGCUACCAUCCGCGGAUACCGCAUCAAGAUUGAGAAUGAGAUCGAAGAGAUCUGUCGGGACGUCUUGGAUCUGCUAGACCAGAGCCUGAUCCCAAAUGCCAGUACUGGCGAGUCAAUGGCAUUAUAUUACAAGAUGAAGGGUGAUUACAGCCGUUAUCUGACCGAGUUCGUAUCGGGUAAGAAACACAAUCCUGCAGUUAUCUCUGGGUAUAAUGCCUACAAGAUUGCUGCCUAUGUUGCUCAGGCAGAGUUAACAGCCGCUCAUCCAUUGAGGCUGAGCGUGGCUGUCAAUUUCUCUGUUUUCUACUACAGGAUUCUGAAUUCACGCGAUCGUGCCCGGUAUCUUGCGAAACAUGCUUUUGACGAUGCCAAGGCCGAGCUCGAUGUCCUAAUCAAGGAGCCUGAAGACGACAGUAUCCUUCUCAUGCAACUCCUUUGCAUCAACCUGACCCUUUGGGCGUCUUCAGACAGUGGUAAGCGUGAAGGGAUUAGCUGCAGAAAGACGAGGCACACAAUUGGCGCCCGCAUUCAGUCGACAUAG